AUGGGUGAACCAGGAAUCGGAGGUCAAGAUGGAAAGACUGGUGCCAAGGUUUGCCGAUUUCAAACCUUUUAGACAAAUCAGUCUUAAACAACUAAAAGAAGUGUUGUACAUCAUUUCUCGCUUGACGGUGAUGAAAGUUAAGAAUAUGAAAGGAAUUUAUAUUCCUGCAACUGAAAGGACAUCUGGGGUUAGCUAUCAGUUGUGCAAAAGGUAAAUUAAAUAGUCCUGUUCAACUCUUUUCCAGCGAAAAAAUACAAUUAUUUCCCUAUUAACAACCUGAUCGCGUAACGAGCAAGUUGCUCGAAUACACCCCACAUAUGUAUCGCCUUAUGUAAUGGAAUUCAAGGCAAUCUUUGAUUCUGGAUUCCACGCUGUGGAUUCCAGGUACUGGAUUUCAGUCUUUGUAGGUGGACUUGGGGAUUCUGGAUUUCAAUCGUUAGUGGGAUUCCGGAUUCCUAGUUGGGUUGUAUUCCAGAUUCCAAAGCCAAAUUGGCUUUGCAUGGUCACGCACUGUCCUGUUCCAUCUUUCUACUCUAGUUUUCAUGUUUAAUUGUCUACUUGCUACAUGUUUUGUUGCGUACAAUUCAAGGUGUGGUGUCGAGGCCAAAGUAAACAAAUAAAAAUCUAAUAGGUUAUAAAAUGUCUCCUGUCUGCUGUGGAUGUGAAAUCUAUUUUCAACUAAGCAGAAGGAUGUACGUACAGUCUGUGUGUCAGCUUAAAUUUAUAUCAAAAUAGUCUGAUAAUUUGGUUAAUUUGGUUUGGUUUAAAGGGGGAGAAAGGUUCCUCUGGAGACAAAGGAAUGAAGGGCGAAAAGGGAGAGCCAGGACCAAAAGGCCGUAAGUCACGUGAAGUAAAGUGAAAGUGGAACAGUGGGAAAAAAUGGAGAAGUAGACACAAAAGCCUGAGAAACCACAAAACAGCCGACAUUUUGUAGCUUGUGUACAGACGUCCCCUCCUCCCUCAGGAAAAAAUCGGGAGAGGUUGGUUUCCCCGCGAAAUUUCGAUCGAGAGGGGGAACCAGUGGUGGCGUCGCGAAAUGUCCGCUGUUUUCUUAGGCUAUAGAAACAAAAGACUUCCCACACCCUACCCCCCAUGAGGAGAGCUACUUAACCCAAGUUUAGAUACAGGGACCGUUCCGUUCAAGGCUGUUUGAAACCCUCACACUGUUUAGGACAAAUAUACUAUUGAUCAACGUACUCCGUACGAGACAACAACGUUUUUUAGGAACCCUCAGUGUCAAAAACAAUGAAUAAAAUACGCGCCAUGUUGCUUCAGUAUGGGAAAUUACUAACCAACACUAUUCAGGUCAGAAUUGUUUGUAUACAUUUGUAGAAUUGUACACCCUGUUACCCUAACAUAGAGGUCGGUUAAUCCCUAGUGCAGAAGUCAAGCAACAGCUGUAGUCUGCUCCACAGCCGUUUUUUGUGUCGUCACGCAACGCCCCCUCCCCCACAAGGAGCGUUGGGAGACGACUUUAAAAGCGGUUGUGUAGCAGACUAUCAUAGCCGCCCAUUCACAUCAAACACACCCAAACAACCACACACCUGACUGAAACUCUUGUUUUUUCCCUUUUUUAUAAACAAAGUAUGCGAUAGCGGUUUCCACUUCUUUGAGAAAGUUCAAGAUCUACCAACCCGAGGAGCUUCUGGUGUCGAACAUUUCUUCAUCAACGGGACUCUGUUUCUCGCUUUUGCUAACUACUAUGGGGACAUCCACAAACAAAACACAAGCUCUAUAAUCUACAGGAUGGACGAAUCAACUGGAAGAUUCAAUUUGCAUCAAACUUUGGAAACUACUGGAGCACGAGAUAUUGAAUAUUUUACAAUCUCUGGGAAACAUUUCCUGGCAGUGACAAGUUAUUAUGACGGCAGUAAUUUUGGUUUGGAGUCUUCAAUUUUUCAGUGGAACGGAGCAAUGUUUGUGGUCUUUCAGAAAAUACCUACAAAAGGUGCAGUUCGUUUUACAUUUUUCGAAAUAAGUGGUAACAACUACCUUGCAGUGGCAAAUCGCUAUGAUGGUAGUACCUUUUCCACAAAAUCUGUCAUUUACAGAUGGAAUGGAAGCCAUUUUAAUAAAUUUCAGGAGAUAGCAACUGCGGGUCCAUUUGGCUGUGUGGUGUUUGUAAUAAACAACAACACUUUCAUUGCCUUUGCAAGUUUUUACACCGAGUUUAGCAAGCUUUCUGUUCAAUCGACUGUGUUUAAGUGGUCAGAAGGACACUUUGUCAAACUACAGUCUCUUCAGACGUAUGGAGCCUAUGAUGUGAAAUCCUUUCAAAUCAAUGGUGAGACAUUCCUUGCCUUUGCAAACUACUACAAUGGAAGUAAAAACAACAUCGACUCCUUCAUUUACAAGUGGAAUGGGAACAAAUUCAUCUUGUUCCAGUCGAUUGCUACUCGUGGAGCGCGAGCACUGCAUCCCUUUGUGAUCAGCUGUAAAACCUUUUUGGGUGUGGCUAAUUACCAUGGUGACAGUCAAAAGCACACUACCGAGUCCAUUGUGUACCAGGCUUCUGGCUCACAAUUCGUUAUCUAUCAAGCGAUUCCCUCUCACGGAGCAUCUGAUAUGACGUCAUUUGAGUACAAAGGUGAUACGUAUCUAGCAGUAGCAAGCCGCUACGAUCAGAAAAGCAACAUCAACAGUACCCUGUUUAAAUGGGUGUAA